AUGAGCAUGGGCAACGGGGCGUUGUUACAUCCGACGCGAGAGAAGCAUGAAACUGGCGAGUAUUGGUACACGCUUCCAUCAAGCGAGGAAGGUGCCAAUGUCAAGGCCCUGUGCAACAAGUUCGCUACCGAUGUGCUGGUCAAUGGCCAAUCAGUGGGCCAAGGCGCCACGGUGUGGACCGACCUCCAUGUUCCUCACGUCACCUGGAUGGUCGAGUGUCUCUAUGCCAACGCGAGGUGGUCGAAGAACGUCUUGAGCCGCACCUACCAGAUCCACGUGUCCCACCUGAAGGACAACUUUGUGCUUCCAGUCGUUCACUUGAUGCCGCAAGACGGCAAGUGCGGCAGAGAACACACCGAUGAUCCCGAGACGCCCAACAAGAUCGUUUGCCGCACGACGACCCGGACACUUGACCUCAUCGUGACGUUCGACACGACGAGCGUGGAGGUCUUUAUCGACAAGGGUGGCAUGGAUCGCGAAGUCAACGUCAUCAGUGGCAUUCAGACCAAGGUCGUACUGCCAAGUGACGAUGUUCGGUGGAACUUGCUGGUGGAGGGCGCGCACAACACGAAGGCGGGCGUGGGAGAGGGUUUGCGUUACUGGGGUGGGACCGGGUAG